AUGCCCGACAAGCGAAAAGCAUCGAUGGCGCCCCCGUCAUCCAAGCGGGCUCGGAUCUCAUAUGAGGACGAGGGUGAUGAAAAGUCCUCUGCGACACCUUAUGAGAAGCCUUACAGCCAUCCUUUGUACGGUCAGAAAAACGCGUUCCCAGGUCUGGACGAUGUCAGUGAAGAGCUCUGCUAUGACGAUCCAGACGAUGGAUUGGAGUACCUACGUAUGGUCAGAUCCGAGGCGAGUGCGCUACCCUCGCUCUUUAUUGCACCGACAUCAAAGACAGAUGACACAGUCAUUACACAGAAUCUGAGUGCACUCGACACUAAACAAUCCGCAACCUCUUUUCCUUCUGGAUUCUUUGACCGCGAGGAGGCUUACAUCGCUCCGGUUGAGAUCAGGUCUUCACUUGCUACCCCCAAAAACACGUACCCUGAAGCUCAGUCUGCCUACUAUAACCUUCUCCGACAUCGCUUUGUACUUCUCCGAUCUACCGUGAAGUGUUCACCUCCAGCUGAAGCGAUUGCUGGCCUCGACGACACCCACCCCAUCAGCCUCCCCCGCAAAGUCGAACCUGCACGCAAAGAAUGGAGGCGACUAGUCAUGGCUGUGUAUCCACAGAUGGUCCAACUGGCCUGCAUGGAUCAGGAAAGUGUACUUGGGGUAUUGCAAAUCAUGGCACGCAUGAUGUCUGACAUUCUGCGGAGUGGGGACGCCGAGAAGAUUCGACGCAUUGGUGCCUGGGCCUGGGGCUUACUGGGCAAGUGUCGAGAGAUUGGGGAAUUGUCUACGGAAGAGGUGGGCGAAAUUCGUGACGUUGGAAAACGAGCCGUGAAGAUCUUGCAGAAGAUCCGGGAGUUAGAGGGGAUUUCACGAAUGGAAAACGAGGAAACGCCAGACUCGGAUGCUGGAGAGGAUACAAAGCCAGGAAGCCCAGUCGCAGAAGUAGAAACAGAGGAAAAAAGACAGCCGGAGCCUUUGAAAGACAACGAUGCGGAUAUGUCUGAUGCUGUGGACCAGGCGGAGCUGGAGGCAGCCAAGGCACGGUUGCAGGCCCGGGUGCAGGAUAGUGCGGAGGACAAGCCCACCGACACAGAUAGGGAACGCGUGGCGAAACAGACCCGCGCCAUGCUCGACAUGAUCAUCACGGUGGUUGGCGAGUUCUUUGGUCAGCGCGACCUGUUAGACUCACGGGAGGUCUGGGCUGAUUCGGUUUGA